AUGAUGGCCGCGCAGCACUCUGGCGUCUACAUUCACGGCGGCUUCUCCGAACCGAUGAGCGCUCAGCACAACUUCUCAAACCAGUACUCCUUCGACGAUCCGCAAGAGGCAAUGUCGGUAUACAAACGCAUCAUGCAUCAACAUACCAAGGAACAACUGAACAUCGCCACCAACUCCGCACGGCGAAGGUCGCAGCCCACCACACCUAGCCUCCCCACCGAGGGAAGCCGCGGCUCCGUCAGCUCUCGCGAUUCGUAA